AUCUUGGGUUGAAUUUCAAAAUAGUUUAUUGAUUUAGUGAUUCUCACCAUCUUCCAGUAUCAUGUGAUUUGUUGUCUGUGAAUUAAAAAAAAAUCAUAUUUAACUUCGAAAAAUUAAAUAAAGAGAAGUAAAAUAAAAUAAAAUGAUUUUAUUUAACAAUAGAAAUUACACGUAUUUUAGCCUUGGUUUUGUGGUUGGUAAAAUGUCACUCUUGAAACCAAAGCACCCUUUCUCCCUUACAGGUUUUGCAACAGCGGCAGCAAUAUCCAGCACCGCCAUUUCUCACCGUUUUCCGUGUCUUGAAAUCGCAACUCCUUCAUUCUCUCCCAAACCUAAACACCCACAACACUUGCUCUCUCUUCUUCUCAAACAUCCUUUUCAACCCCAAAUUCUGCAACAAGUUCACUGUUACAUUAUCACUUCUGGCCUCUUUCACUACCCUUUUCACGACACCUCCACUUGUUUACUCCUCUUCAACAACGUCAUCCGCUGUUACUCCCGUUGCCCUUUCCCCCACCUAGCUCUUCGCUUCUUUAGGUACACGUACACCCAACACUCUCACACUUUCUUCACAUACCCUUCCCUUGACACAUUCUCUUUUGCCUUUCUUUCCCACGCUUCUGCCAAUCCAAACUGUACUCGCUUUGGGACUCAACUCCACGCCCUCGUUUUCAAGGUCGGGUUUCAGUUUCAUAUGUAUGUACAAACUGGGCUGUUGCAAAUGUACUCAAGUUGGGGUCUUUUAGUUGAAGCCGCACAAGUGUUCUACCAAAUGCCACGCAGAAGCUUAGUUACUUGGAAUGCUUUUAUCACUGGUUUGAUUAGAUGGGGUGAGUUUGAACUUGCACUUUCUGUGUUUAAUCAGAUGCCUUCUCGGAGUGUAGUGUCAUGGACCCUUGUUAUUGAUGGAUACGCACGCAGGAAUCAGCCCAUGAAAGCUUUAACUUUGUUUAGGGAAAUGAUCCAAGUUGAUGGUAUAGAACCUACUCAAGUUACUCUUUUGACCAUUUUUCCUGCUAUUGCAAACAUUGGGUGUAUUAAGAUAUGUCAAUCGGCUCAUGGAUAUGCAGAGAAGAGAGGGUUCAAUUCCUCUGACAUACGCAUUACCAAUGCAUUAAUUGAUUUGUAUGCAAAGUGUGGAUGUAUAGCAAGUGUGAAUAGACUCUUGCAGGAGUUACCUGAUCAGAGGAAGAAUUUGGUAUCGUGGACUUCAGCUAUCUCUGGUUUUGCAAUGAAUGGGAUGGGGAGGGAAGCUCUAGAGACUUUUGAAAACAUGGAGAAGGCUGGGCUUAGUCCGAACCGUGUGACGUUCCUUAGUGUUUUGAGUGCCUGUAGUCAUGGAGGAUUGGUUCAAGAAGGCCUGGAUUUUUUUGUUAAAAUGGUAAAGGAUUGUAAACUUGUGCCAGAUAUCAAGCACUACGGUUGUGUGAUAGAUAUGCUGGGGAGGGCUGGCAGGUUAGAAGAAGCUGAAAAGGUUGCUUCACAGGUACCUCACGAGGCUGCUAAUGCUGUAAUGUGGAGAACUUUGCUGGGUGCUUGUAGUGUUCAUAAUAAUGUUGAAAUUGGUCAGAGGGUGACCAGGAAAGUACUAGAGAUGGAGAGAGGACACGGUGGGGAUUAUGUUCUUAUGUCAAAUAUUCUUGUUAGUGUUGGGAGAUUUAAGGACGCUCAAAGGUUGAGAGAUAUGAUAGAUAAAAGAAUUGCAUUUAAACUUCCUGGCUAUAGUAUAGUCUAAAUGAUAUAAUAGAUGAUUUUUGUUCUGCCUUUCUAGCUUGGGACUAGGAGGUAAUUGAACUUGUGAGCAUGGCAGAAGAACCCUGUCCAUACACAGGUCCAUUUAUCUCUAGGCAAGAGGCAUAUUGGCAAUUUGGCAUGCCAUUGCCGUUUGCUUCAGACAUUCUACGUUGGCUCGAGGCAUCAAAAUUGUGGAGAAAAAAGUGGAAAUAAUGCACCCAUCCUGGAAGUUGACGAUUGCAAAGGACAUUCAAUCAUACAGGUUAAGCAUUGAUUUCAGUACUUCUUUCCAGUCAUCUGUACAAGGAAGCCAAAUAUGUGUUUCAUUGGAUCCGUAAAUUGGCAUACGAUCAAACUAUUUUCAGCAACUAGUUUGCUAAAUAAGCCUUGUUAAAGAAGGACAAAAUUUCGUUUUU